UCCUCCUCUUCUCCUUCCCCGUAGGGUUGCAGCAGAUAAACGCCAUCACUCCACGCGCAGCUGUCUCUAUAAACUCACAACAUACAAAACCUCUAAGUUCUUUUUCACUUCAUUUUUUCACUCUCGUUUCCUUUAUCUGUUCCUCCUCCUCCUCUCCUCUCUCUCUCUCUCUCUGCAACAAUGGGUGCGUCACUUCCACCCAAGGAGGCCAACCUCUUCAAGCUCAUUGUCAAAUCGUACGAAACAAAACAGUACAAGAAGGGCCUGAAAGCAGCUGAUCAAAUAUUGAAAAAGUUUCCCGAACAUGGAGAAACUCUAUCCAUGAAGGGUUUAACGUUAAAUUGCAUGGAUCGUAAGGCUGAAGCUUAUGAUCUUGUUCGAUUAGGAUUAAAGAAUGACCUCAAAAGUCAUGUUUGCUGGCAUGUUUAUGGUCUCUUAUAUCGUUCGGACAGAGAAUACAGGGAGGCAAUAAAAUGUUACCGGAAUGCACUGAAAAUAGAUCCCGACAAUAUUGAAAUUUUACGCGAUCUGUCACUUCUACAG